AGGAACUACAUAUCCCAUGACUGCUCGCGAGAAGGAACGUGAUCUACGCGUGUAGACAGACAUGGCGCUGUGUAGCUCCGUGUGACAGGUUAGCAUCUCAACAACAGCUCCGGACCGACGCGUCUGCGCACUGAGCUCCUCCGCAGACAGCCGCGGCGGGCUGACACACCAGGAUGGGGUCCCGAAUCAAGGAGAGCCCUGAGUCCACGUUUGAGGUCUUUCUGGAGGUUUCACAGCCAGGAGUUCACACCUCAGGGCCGGAGGUGAAACGACAGUAUCCUGCAGAUUACACAGACCAGGAAACUCUGAACACAGUGCCCAAGUUCUGCUUCCCCUUCAGCAUGGACAGCCUGACGGUGAGCCAGGUGGGACAGAACUUCACGUUUGUGCUGACUGACAUUGAGAGCAAACAGAGAUUCGGUUUCUGUCGCCUGUCCUCCGGGGCUCACACCUGCUACUGCAUCCUCAGCUACCUUCCAUGGUUUGAGGUCUUCUACAAGCUGCUGAACAUCCUGGCAGAUUACACCAUUAAAGGACAGGAGAGUAACUGGCACGAGCUGCUGGUGUCUCUGCACACUCUUCCCAUCCCCGAGCCUGGAGUUCCUGUUCAUCUCGGAGUGCAUUCCUUCUUCACUGUGCCUGACACCGGGGAACUCCCCAGCAUACCUGAGAAUAGAAACCUAACAGAGUAUUUUGUAGCAGUAGAUGUGAAUAACAUGCUCCACCUGUACGCGAGCAUGCUUUAUGAACGUCGAAUCCUCAUCUGCUGUAGCAAACUAAGCACUUUAACAGCGUGUGUCCACGGCUCUGCAGCCAUGAUGUACCCCAUGUACUGGCAGCACGUUUACAUUCCUGUCCUGCCUCAGCACCUCUUAGACUACUGCUGUGCCCCCAUGCCCUACCUCAUCGGAGUGCACUCCAGCCUGAUGGAGAAAGUCCGAGGGAUGGCUCUGGAUGACGUGGUGGUCCUGAACGUGGACACAAACACCCUGGAGACCCCAUAUGAUGACCUCCAGAGUCUACCCAAUGACGUGGUUUCAUCUUUAAAAAGUCGUCUGAAGAAAGUUUCCACGACCACAGGAGACGGCGUCGCUCGAGCGUUCCUGAAGAGUCAGGCAUGUCUGUUCGGCAGCUACAGGAACGCUCUGCAGAUCGAACCGGGCGAGCCGAUCACGUUCAGUGAAGACACGUUUGUGAACCAUCGAUCCAGUGCCAUGAGACAGUUUCUGCUGAACGCCAUCCAGCUGCAGCUCUUCAAACAGUUUAUAGACGGGCGUUUGGACCUGUUGAACGCAGGAGAAGGUUUCAGCGACAUCUUUGAGGACGAGAUCAACAUGGGAGAGUACGCAGGCAGUGAUAAGACCUACCACCAGUGGCUGUUCACUGUGAAGAAAGGGGGCGGGGCCAUCUUCAACACGGUGAGGACCAAGGCAAACCCCGCCAUGAAGAACGCAUACAAGUUUGCGAAGGAUCACGCAAAGAUGAGGAUCAAAGAAGUGAAGAGUCGACUGAAGCAGAAGGAGCAAGCGGAGAAUGGCUUCUCCAGCACGGGAUCGGCAGUCAUUGACGACGACAACACGGCAGGGUUCACCUCCUCCACAGGCGCAGUCAGGAGGGAGGGGCCACUGAGGACGCUGGAGGACCACCGGCCAAUCACUGUGCACUUUGGACAGGCUCGGCCACCGAUGUUGCUGAAGAGGCCAAGCAGUAAUGUGAGUCUGGAGAGCAGCCUCGACCAGCCUCAGCCGUACCGCUCUCUGAAGGAGGUGGAGCUGAUGGAGGGAGAUGAUCCGGGUUUCGGAGCAGAGAGUCACACGGCUCCUCCUAGUCCGGUCACAGAGAAGUUCUCCAACAUCAACCUGCUGGGAGACAUCUUCGGCUGCCAGGACGAGCCGGACAGCCAACACAUGAGCCUCGCCAAGAGUCUGGAGGACCUGAGGACCCCCAAAGACUCGGACGAGCUGCAGGCCAAGUUCACCUACCAGAGGAUGGACCUGACGGUGGGCGAGCACUCCCGGACUCUCCCCGGACUCAAACUCUCUAAUCAGUCCUACAACAAACUGUGGAGCAUCGGGGCAGAGGACUCCACCCUGCCUGUCUCUGUCCCUCCGUCCUGCAGCAGACCUCCUUCUGUCCAACUUCCUGUUCGGUCCGAGGCCCCGUCCCCGAACCGGGAUACCUCCAGUCCGGCUCCUGACCAUAUGGACCCCUCCACCUCCGGGAGCAUCACCAUCCCGCGCCCCCACGGGAGGAGAACCCCGGAGCUGGGCAGCGUCCUCGCUCCUCCCGCAGCUCAGUCUCGUGCUAAACCUGAUGGAGGGUCUUCGUCAGGUAGGCAGGAGUUCAGACAGGCCCUGACCCUGAGCUCAGACCAAGACCUGCUGCAGCCCCAGAGGCCUGCAGAGGACAGCGUAGACCUGCUGAGCCUGCUGGACCCCCUGAGAAACUCUGCUCCAUCCAGUUCCACCUCUGUACCUGACGGUGUCGGAGCAUCCUCAUCGUCAGGGUCCUGUAAACCCCCCCUGCCCCCCCGGCCGUAUCCUCAGGGUCUGCCUCCCUUCCCCGUGCACACCCACAUAUCCCUGAACCCCUUCACCCCGUCCCCCCAGCUGCACUACGCCCCCACCGUCAGCGGGAACCCCUUCAGUUCAGUCUACGGACCUCCACCCGGGUCUUACCUCCACACCCCCCCUCAGACCUUCUCCUCUCUGCCGGGUCUCUACAGACAGCCGUCCCCGGGCAGCUCCACCCUGCCCCCCACCUUUGGACUGAUCCCCUCCACCUUCCCCUCCUCCAUGCCCGCCUCCUCCUCCAGUAACCACACUCUGUCUAGCCUGAUGGACUCCUCCUCCUCCUCCUCGUCCUGUACCAAGCCCCUCCGAGCUGAGGAGAACUCUCAGACCGCUCAGGAUCUCUUUGGGGACCUGCUGACUUUAGCCAAACCGGCGACCCCCCCGAAGAAGAAGGUGGAGGACCUGAGGAGGAGGUGGGAGACGUUUGACUGAGAGCUGUGAAUAUGAACUCUGCCCCCAUCCCGUCACCUCACACUGAAGCUCCCUGCAGGACCAGGACCAGGACCGGGACCUUCUGUUGCAGCUCACAUAGAAUAAAAACACCUGAACAUGAAGGGUUAACGUUUGAAGGUGUGAGGACCAAAGCUACGCCACAGGGUUUGAGAUUACGAGUGGACGUCUGUAGUUCCACAGAAAACUUUAAACAGGGUCCUGAUAUCCCAAAACCACCACAGGUUUUAAUCUGAGUGAACUUUAGAAUCAUCGUGUCUUAAUCUGAGAUUAUAUGAAUUUACAUCAUGAACACAGAGAGUAGACCAGCAGAGACGGUUCAGGGUAACGAAGGUGAGCUGGAGGCUCACGUCAGGGUCCUGCUCACCCUGUCAGGAUCUAUCUCUGAUUAAUAACUACAGGCACAAACCAGCCGACACAAAACACUGAUUUAAAUUAUUUAUUGAUUGAAAAUGAUCGAUUUACAGAACCUAUGAUAUUGAGGAUGAACUACACAUGUUAAGGAGUCUUAACCAAUCAGGAUCAAGUAUUAAACACAGCUGGGUAAGCACUGAUAACCAGGAAACAGAAGUACACAGCAGGAGGUUAUUAUACUGGAGAAUGAGGUCAGUUGAUUUUAUGUAUUGAAACAAAUAAUUAAUCUGUCAUCGUGCUGAACAUCCUCUACUUUAACACACAGACUGUUCCUUUAAUGAGGUCAGAGGGUCAGCACGUCCUGCAGCAGACUGUAGGUGCGUUCAGGUGGAGCAGAGGUGUCCGCGUGUGGAGGAGAGGAGUUUGGAGAGGUGAGAGAUUAGCACACAAAACCAUCAGCUAACACUUCACAGGGUUCGUCUGUAACUCUGACUCUGUGGUGAUAUUUGAGAUCAUUUUAAGGAGCUACAACAGGCUGAAACAAAAUAAGGUGACGAUUCCUCAGAGAGUGCUUUAAUGUUAAUAUCAUUACAAUUAUUCAUGCAGCAAUUUUUAAAAUCAAGUUACAAAGUGAUUGACAAAUGAAAAGCUAAAAUAGUAAAGAUAAAUAAAUAAACAAAUAACUAAUGAAUGAAUCACUGAAAAACGUCUCACCUGUCAGUCCGAGGUAGCUCCGCCCUGACUCCUCCCCUCUCUGACUCCGCCCCCUCUUCCUGCUCUGUGACUCUAAAGGCUGAUUUAUACUUCUGCGUCUCCCCUACACAGCAGGGGCUGACACAGACAUAAGCACCACAUACUUAUGCGUCGAUGUGUCCGUGUGGAGCAGCAAUUGUCUGCUGAGACGCUUGAGGGCAGUGUGGUCUCUCUGAUAGCCGAUCGCCUCCCUCCGGCCCCGCUACGAUCUCUGUUUACUUUUGAGAGAGAUUCAGAGCGUGUUAUGUUAAUCUACGGCUGAUACAUGUUGCUGUUUAUCAUACAGACGUGAUUACAUGAAGAAUAGAGAGGAGGAGAUGAAAUACACAGCCGAUGUACGGGAUCCCUGAAUGGCUGUAAAUGCAGGAAACACAAUGCCGCCAAGCGGACCAAUCACAGGGCUUGCGUUCCGCGUCGAUUUAACAGCUCACUACUUCUGCGUCGACGCAGAAGUAUAAAUCCGCCUUAAAUGGACCAUCAUUCACUAAAUGACCAUCAUGCUGUGUUGAAGAAGAAACUAAACACAUUAGUUUUUACUGAGGGAACAAAUCAGCUGUGGAGGAGGAGGAAUAUUUACUAUAGACUGAGGAGUUGCCCCCUGCUGGACGUUAGAGAGGCUGCAGGUUUAAGACACUUCUGCUCCUCUGACUUCACUUCAACUUCUUCUUCUUCUUCUUCUUCUUCUUCUUCUUCUUCUUCUUCUUCUUCUUCUUCUUCUUCUUCUUCUUCUUCUUCUUCUUCUUCUUCUUCUUCUUCUUCUUCUUCUUCUUCUUCUUCUUCUUCUUCUUCUUCUUCUCUGCGUGCUCACGUUAAAGCGCUGAUUCUUUAAACGCAGACCUGCUUUAGUUCUGAUUAUAUUUACAGCUAUGU